UCGGUGUCUUGUUUCUGUUUCGAGUUGGGAGUGAUAUUUCGGCCACCGAAACUGAUAAAUGUAAGUGACAGUACCUUAUCGAUAUGAUUACCCAUCAAAAGGUAAACUGACGACGUGUGUGGCCUCCCCUCGAAGGUUUUUUGGUUGCUCAGACUUCAUGGCUCCACCAAAAAAGAGGACAUUACCCAAACCGCUCCCAGAUGGAUUUAUACUUACUGACACGGAGAAGAAGAAAUGGAGGCUGGGUAAAAUCAUUGGUCAAGGUGGCUUUGGACUGAUCUAUCUCGCCUCACAGCAUGUGGACAAGCCUGUUGCAGCCGACACAGACUUUGUGAUAAAAGUGGAGUACCAUGAGAACGGCCCCCUGUUCGCCGAGCUCAAGUUCUACCAGAGGGCAGCCAAAGCGGACAGCAUGGAGAGAUGGAGGUCAAAGAGAAAACUGGACUUCCUGGGCAUCCCGACCUACUGGGGAUCAGGACUGGCUGAACAUAAUGACCUGAGGUAUCGUUUCAUGGCCAUAGACCGUCUGGGCAGUGAUCUGCAGAAAGUUUGUGAGCGAAUCGGAGGUCGAUUGAAGCCGGUCACCGUGCUCCAUCUGGGUCGAGGGCUGGUUGAUGUGCUGGAGUACAUCCAUGAGAACGAGUACGUCCACGCAGAUAUUAAAGCUGCAAAUCUCAUGCAGGGUCACAGAGACCCUGAACAGGUGUAUCUGGCAGACUAUGGACUGUCCUACAGAUACUGUCCUGAUGGAGUUCAUAAAGACUACAAGGAAAACCCCAAAAAAGGCACCGACGGAACCAUCGAGUACACCAGUCUUGAUGCCCACAAAGGAGUUGCUCCAUCCAGACGUGGCGACCUCCAGAUUUUGGGGUUCUGUCUUCUCCACUGGUUAUGUGGUUCUCUUCCCUGGGACAAUGUUCUCAAUAAUCCAACUCAGGUCCAGGAGGCCAAAGCCAGAUUGAUGGAGAAUCUGCCGGACUCAGUUCUGCAAAUGUCGACCAGCAGAGUUGGAACAGAAGAGGUGGUUUCAUUUCUCCAGUACGUGAAGUCUCUGGGUUACAAAGACAAACCGGACUACCAGCUCCUCAAAGGCCUCCUGUCCUGCCGCGGUACCGGCAAACUGGACCUAUCUGGGCCCGGGGACCCUGCAGGACCGUCGACCACCAAGACCCAGGAGCCUCCCGCCAGGGCCAAGAAAACAGGACGAGGCAGAGGACGAGGCAAAGCUGAGGCGAAGGAGGCUGAUGAUGAUGAAGAUGACGAAGAGGAGAAGAAGCCAAAACCAGUGCCGGCCCGCUACAUAAGAGGACCUCCCAUAACCAAACCACAGCCACAACAACACAAUCAGAGGAAAGGCAGAGCAUCACCUGCUGGAGGGAGAUCCACCACAAAGCCCACACCUACGUACGAUGAUGAUGACGAGGAGGAAGAUGAGGAUGAAGAAGAGCAGGAAGCCAGACCCAAGCCCAUCCCUGCAUGUUACCUCAGAGGCCCUCCAAUUGGCCCCAGAGCCCCGGAGAACCAGGCGAAACCCAAACGCACUGUGAGGGAAACCAACGACCUCAUACCCAGACAGGAAGUGAAACGGCAGCCCCGCCCACAAAGGACAACACACACACCAACAGUGAACGGUUACAUGGACACGCACACACUCAAAGACUACUGGGAAAGACGGGAUGACGAGAGGCUGCUACAGCGCAGAGCGGUCCACACGCAGGACCCACAGUGGAACGGACAGCUGUGGUGUGGACACGCAGAUGGACUCAGUGAGUGGGAGGGGUCUAGUGGACAGAACGCCGGUCCCACACACAGGACUGGACUGUUGAACUGGUUCAUCUGUGCGGGGGUCUGCGUUCUCCUCGCUGUACUUUCUGUGGUUUUUCUUGAAGUCUGAUUCGGAGCUGACCGAGGUGCAUUAUGGGUA